AUGCCGUCCACAAAACGCUACUCAAACCUCGAUCUCGUCAACACCGUCGACAGCUUCCCCUCCCCCACCGUGCACCCCGCCCUCCACGCCGAGCGCCUCUCCACCCUCACCCUCUUCACCCACGCCACGCACCCGCUCGGCUACCUCCUCCCCCCCGUCGUCAGCGCCCUCGCCAACACCGCCCUCUCGGGCCCCCACUGGACCAUCACCGGCGCCACCGUCACCCUGCACGGGUCCACCCCCGCCGAGCGCUCGUCAAACAUGCUCAAGACCCUCACCUCCUGGCGGUCCGCCAACACCUUCGCCGUCCUGCGCGGCUGGCGCAACGAGGACUACGCCGUCUACUCGCCGCCCGGAACCCUCUACCUGGCCAUGGAGCGCAGCGCCUGCGCGCUCUUCGGCGUCGUCACGUACGGUGUGCACAUGACCGCCUUCGCCCCGUCGCCGCUGCGCAUCUGGGUGCCGACCAGGAACCCGGCGAAGCCGACGUAUGGCGGCAUGCUGGACAACACGGUGGCCGGCGGGAUCGCGGCGGGGAUGGGCGUGCUGGAGACGCUGGUGAAGGAGAGCGGCGAGGAGGCGAGCUUUGGGCGGGAGCUGGUGGAGGGGUGUGCGAGGAGUGUGGGGUGCGUGUCGUAUUUUUAUGAGCGGCACAAGAGUGCGGGCGGCGAGGAGGGCUUGUUGCAGCCGGAGGUGCAGUUUGUGUGGGAUAUGGAGGUGGGGGAGGGGGUGGUGCCGAGGCCGGGGGAUGAUGAGGUGGUGGGGUUUCGGCUGUUGGGGGUGGAGGAGGUGAAGGAGGAGCUGGCCAAGGGGAGCUUUAAGCCGAAUUGUGCGAUUGUCCUGCUCGACUUCUUCAUCCGCCACGGCAUCAUCACGCCCGAGAACGAGCCGCACUAUAUCGAGAUCUGCUCGCGCAUCCACAGGCGGUUCGAGUUCCCGACUUGGUAG